CAAACCGCAAGGACAUCCUACGGGUAUGCUUAGACUUCAUACAAACGCCGUCAAUGCCAGCCAGGAAUGAUGAAGAAGCAAUCAACCUCCUCUCUCUCGAUGGCGGGGGUGUACGAGGAGUGGCUUCACUCCUUAUAUUGCAUGAAAUGAUGGUCCAGAUCAAGGAGUCUUGCGGUCUUGCAAAUAUUCCCAAGCCCUGUGAAUACUUCCAUAUGAUCGGAGGGACUAGCACAGGAGGCUUGAUUGCGAUCAUGCUUGGAAGGCUCCGCAUGUCGACUGAGGAGGCUCUACGAGAAUACGACCAGUGUUCCCAAAAGAUCUUUUCCUCCAAAAACAAGAAGUGGACCACUGCCACUGAGAAGUACAAGGCCACUGCUCUCCGGGAGGUCGUCGAGGACCUUGUCCGGCGGCGCAACAUGGGGGAGUACCUCCUGGACGUGUCCUUAGAUCACGAUUCCAAGGGGCAGUGUUUCGUCUGUGUCAUGCCCGCGCAAAAGAUUGGCGAACCUCGCCGGCUUCGGUCCUUUCGCUCUCCGGGUACUGACUAUGAUCUCGAAGUCAAGAUCUGGGAGGCUGCACGCGCUACUACCGCUGCUUCCGUCUAUUUUAAGCCGAUGGCUGUCAAGAUCGGGGAACACGCCACGGAGGAAUUCAUCGACGCCGCCAUAGGCUGCAACAAUCCCGUUAUUUACCUCCUCCAGGAAGCUGCGGCUCAGAUUGGGAAUGGUCGGCGGCUUGGUUGUCUCAUCAGCAUUGGCACAGGAACAAGGGUGGUCAAGAUUGGGAGGGCGUCGACAGGUCUGAGGAACAUUGGGCAACUGCUGAAGUUUGGGAAAGAACUGAUCGGGACACUGAAGAAUACUGCAACUGAUGGCGAAGAUGCCCACCGCCGAGUCCAGGCAAAGCUCGGCGAACACCAUAACGCAUACUUCCGCUUCAAUGUCCCCGAUGUCGCCGACAAGGUCGGGCUGGACAAGUAUCUCCAGAUUAAUACUCUCAAGGCCGCGACAGCAGCCUACCUGGCCCAGCCUCUUGUCGCUGCUCAGAUCUUGAACGCGGCCGUCGGAUUGGGUGGCAACUCAUCCGGUCACGGACUCACCCUUGGCCACGCCGACGGCAUCGAUAAAGACCAAGUGAUCUUGACCACACAGGAAGCUCAGUCCUUGGGUGACAUCAGCCGUUUCUUCAUGGCGAGGGAUGACAUAUUGCGCAAGCUGGAUACCUGUUUCCCACUACGAGAUACCAAAGGCAAACCCCGACGGGAGUUCCUCUUGUAUGGUAUGGGUGGAGUGGGCAAAACCCAGAUUGCUUUGAAGGCCGCUGACGAGUUUGAGGAAAGGUUUGAAUACGUCUUUCAGAUUGAUGGAACAAACGGACCGUCGGUAAAUCAGAGCUACGCUCGCGUUUGUCAGCAAUAUUGUGAGGAAUAUAGCCAAACAAGGACCAUCCCGUCCGGAACCAUCGACGAGAUGAAAGAUGCCGCGUUGAAGUGGAUAGGAGGGUUGUCGGUUGAGUGGCUCAUCAUCUACGACAACCACCCCGACAAGGACCGCCUGGCGCCGACUCUUCCACGCCGAAAUACGGGCAACAUCAUCUACACUUCCCGGUCCCAGGGGUUUCUGGCGGACCUCCCCUCCGAUUGCGUGUGCGAGGUCAACUCGUUCUCGGAAAAAGAUGGGGUCGAGUUGCUCCUGAAGAUCGCCGGCAACGAACACCUCAGAGAGGACGAGGAGGAAAUGAAAGCGCUGCGGGCUAGUGUGGUCGAGGUCGGUUGUCUGCCCCUCGCUAUCGAGGCCAUGGGGUCAUAUCUGAGAAAAGGGGAUUGCACGCCUCUCACGUAUCUACAGAGAUUCCGCGACCGGCAGAAUAGGUCCGAGUUACUUAGUAAACCAAAUGCUGACGGCUCUUCACCGGCUCGCCCGGGUCUGUAUACCGCGCUCGACCUUUCCUAUGACGCGCUCCUGGGCCUUCGGAGACGCGAGGGGAGAGGCAUGAUGGGCACCGCUGCGCGGAACGCUCUGGUUGCCUUGAAUCUGCUGUGUUUCUACCACAACGAGGAAAUCCCAAUCAGCAUGAUAGAGCGCUCAGCUGAGGAACGGCGAAGCUGGGGAAGUCAUGGUGUCUACCCCCUCUCAAGACUCGCGGGCGACCCGUUCAUGGACGCGACUUACCUGCUGGCAUGUGACUACCCCAGCGGGAGAUGGAAUAAUAUCCAUUUCAACCUGGGGGUACAAAUUCUCCAGCAGUUCUCCCUUGUCAAGCGGUCGCGGAAGGGAAACACUGUCUCGAUGCACGUCAUGGUUCAAGCCUGGGUUCAGGACAAGAUGGCCAAAGAGACACAGAAACGCUUAGCCCAGGUUGCCAGAGUCGUGCUUAUUGAGUCGAUAAAACCGGGCUGGAACAGGAUGGACCAAGCAUUUCUGCGGUUCCUGCCUCCUCACAUCAACGCCUGCAUGGCCCACGAAACCGAAUCCGUCGGCCAUCACUACAAAUACGAGGCUCUCCUGGAUUUCAAGCUGGGGUGGUACUACUACCAACAGAAACAGUUCUCGCAUGCUGUGGACCACUUCGAGAGGAUGUUGCGGGCAUGGAAAUGCAACAGCGGCGGCUACAGUCAGACAGCAACCUACGGUCUCUCGCUCCUAGGGAACGUCUAUCAUGACAUGGGCCGCAUCGGCGACGCAGAGGCGGCGUAUGUGGAACUCCUCGAGAUGCUAUCCCUUCGCAAAGACGACAUGCUAGAUGAUUACAAGGAGCGAAUGAACCGUACAGAAAAGGAUUUGAAGAGGCAAGCUAGGCAUCGGAGGGUAGCCCGCCUUCUCUUGUUAGGGAGGUCAAAUGACCAGAGCGUCACGGACGAUGGAGACCAAGCCCUUGCUGCGCCGGACACGCACAUUUCCGCCGGAAAGCGCGAUAACGGACCCAAGCCGCUAAUAAAGACACUGGAACAGACGCUCGAGGAGGUCAACGCUGCUGCCGCUCCAGAACCCAAGAGGGAGACGCUAUGGGAGUGGGAUCUAGAAGUGGGCAGUGUCUACGCGGAGUUGGCAAGCCUGUUGUUUGACUCAGGGAGGCUCAAAACCGGCAGGGAGUGUCUUGAACAGGCCAUCGGGAUAGCUAAGAUGGACGAUGGGGAGCACGACUUCCAAAUCUGGACCUGGGAAGACGAGCUCAUCCGCCGAUCGGGAGGCGCAGAUCUGGGCUACUGGAACCAGCGCUACAAGGACGUCAGUGCUCUCCCACCGGAUCUUUACGAGAAGUUCCAAGGGCACGAAUACGCCUUCGUGUUGCCGAUCGGCCUGGCGGCGGCAUUCCUUGCGGACGGUGACCUCGAGGGAGCCUACGAAACGUACGAAUCAGUGUUCAAACGAGCCCCGCUGCUCUACGGGCCCAGCGACCGCAAGACGCUCUACCUAAUGCGCGCGAUGGCCGAGUGCGCCGCCAAGCGCGGCUUGUUCGAGGAGGCCGAAGAGCUCGCCAGGAAAGCGGUGGAGGUAGCCAGGGCUGCCUAUGGACGAUGGCACUACCAAACUGCUAGGUGCCUAAACACACUCGCCGCUAUCAUGGUGCCCCAGACAUUAAACUUGGGGCCGGGAUCAGAAUAUUGGAACACCACGCUAGAGGCUUACGAUGCCGUCCGGGUCGCGUUCUGGGAAGGGCAUCCUAUGGCCAAGAAGCUCAAGCGUCGCUUGGAGGAGUUCAGUUCCGGGGGGAACGAAACAGGGGAGGACUUGCCGGAAGAGCUUUUCCACGAGAUCGUAGUCAGGAUCUUCGCCGACGGCGCCCCAAGGUCGAAGAAGGAAUACAUGAAAAAAGCAUCCGCCGCCUAUCGAGAAGCCAAGAGGGAGCUGUAUCAAGCAGAGGAGAAACUGGAGAAGAAUCGGCUCCUACAGCAACGAGGCGCAAAUGAGGGACCGCAACUCCCUGGGGACAGCACCGGGAGAAUACUACACACGGUUAUAGAAAGCGAAGGAUCAGAGAACACGGAAACCGAAAGGAGGCGGAAGGGGAAAGACAAGGAAAUCGUCACAUUGUCUCCCAUCCCCGAAACCGCCCUGGACGUUAAGGAGGAAGCCACUCUGAGACCGCAAAUCAGCUUAACCGAGGAAUCGACUGACGGUGAGCCGCUGCCAGGCAUCAAAGGAAAAGGAAAGGCCGCGUGGGAGCCGGCAGAAGUGAGUCAGGACGCGAAUGGGGUGAAGAGAGAAGGCGACGAUGGGCCGCCAGAAAAGCUCGGCGCGGCGAAGCAUGACCUUCUUUGGGUGCUUGAAUACGAGAUCGACCUGGGAUCUGAGUGGAAGACGGCCGGAAAACCAUGGAUACGCGUCUGGGAAUUAACGAAAGAGGGCGGAGGCUGCAAACGGAUGAUAACAGGAGCGGUUGUUGGAGACGGAGAGCCGCGCUGGCGGCGUAUUAGAAGCUGGGCCGAUCUCGACGACUUAGUCAAACCCCCGGAUAGGGAGAUGG